AUGCACUGCGAGUUCCGAGACUUAGACAAUGCCCUGAUGGAUCGAAUUGUCUGCGGGGUCCGGGACAUCCAUCUGCAACAGCGUCUCCUCGCCAAGCCAGACUUCACACUACAGAAAGCCAUUGAGGAGGCUGUGGCCUCGGAAGUUGCUGAACGCUCUGCCCAGGAGAUCCGCAAGGCCAGCAGCCCGUGUCUUGCUAGGAAGCCAGUUCCAGUGCAUCACGAAGAGGCCAGCAGUGAUGAGGCAUCCUCCAGUGAAGACAAUGACGUGAACCAGACAAAGCGGGAGCGCAGGAAGUUCCAACAGAAGUCCAAGGGCCAACCGGAAUGUGCCGGCUGUGGAGGCAACCAUUCCCGUGCCAAGUGUCGAUUCAGAGACGCCAUCUGUUGGAUGUGUUCCAGAAGGGGCCACAUCGCUAAGGUCUGCCGAUCAGCUCUGUCUGACACCCCCCCUUCACCGACUCGCAAGUCCAAGUCUUCACUCCAGUCUGCCAAGGAAAGCUGUUUUGCUCUCUCCAACUGCCGCUGCCCAUCUGGAACCACGAUUGGCCAAACCGACUCGCCUACGUGA